AUGAAGAUCAGCUCCGAAAUCAUCCGCUUCACCACCGCAGCGACGGGCCUGCUCGCCAUGACGGCCCACGCGCAGAACUCAACAACAGUCGGGCCCGAGACCGGCUCUCUCGUCGUCGUCGGCGGCGGCUCCCUCAGUGACAACAUUUACCAGCGCGUCAUCGACCUAGCAGGCGGCAGUGGGCCGGCAUCCUCCAUCGUGGUGGUCCCCACGGCGGACGGCGCAGAAUCAUACGACCAGGACGCGGCGGGCGCGGCCUCGUUCCGGCGGCUCGGCGCCGGGACCGUGACGGUGCUGCACACCUACGACCCCGCCGUCGCGGACACGGAGGAAUUCGUGGCGCCCCUCCUCGACGCGACGGGCGUGUGGUUCGGCGGCGGGCGGCAGUGGCGCCUCGUCGACGCGUACGCGGGGACCAGGGCCGAGGCGGCGUUCCGCGGCGUCCUGGGCCGCGGCGGGGUCAUCGGCGGGUCCAGCGCCGGCGCGAGCAUCCAGGGGAGCUUCCUCGCGCGGGGCGACACGGCCAACAACCAGGUCAUGGCCGGGGACCACCAGGUCGGCUUCGGCUACCUCAGGGACACGGCCGUCGACCAGCACGUGCUGGUGCGGAACCGCGUGUUCGACAUGUUUGACAUCCUGCGGGCCCGGCCUGAGCUGCUCGGGUUCGGCAUCGACGAGAACACGGCGCUGGUUGUCUCUGGGGAUGACGCGGAGGUCAUUGGGGCGAGCUAUGUUGCUGUCUACGAUGGGGGGUUCUGGUCCAGGGAGGGCAGUGACCUUAAGAAUCUGCCUGACUCUAGUUCUAUCUUUUACUACCUGCGCAAUGGUGAUCGUUAUGAUCUUGGAGCACGAAAGGUGGUCGAGUAG